UUCCUUAUUGUUACAUAUUUCGCGGUAAUGUGUUGACGUUCGUCGUUCUUUGCCAUUUUGUGUCAACUGUAGCCGUAUAGUUAUAAAAUUACGUAUUCGGGUAUUCCUCUUUUCUAGCUGCAUAUCUCGACACUGAACUCUUCAGAAAAGCGUAUUACACAAUUCUUUAAAAAUGGCAUUAUCUAAGUUUUGUGAGUAUUUCGACCUAAAGGAAGGAUUUAAGGCCUUUGCGAUUAUUCUGUUGAUGUUAAGACUGUUAAGCUUUAUUGCUGUGCCUGGCAUAUUUUUUUCGAUUCUCGUUUCCAGAGAACUUUAUUCAGUAUGUGUUGGAUUUGUUACCGUAUAUUGCAUCUGGAAUUUGGGGUCGACUAUAACGCUUAUAUUUGCAUUGAGAGGACUCUACAGGAAUGAUGCAGGUCAAUUGUUCCCAAAUAUGGUUGUGAUGCCAAUGGAGAUAAUUCUAACGACUGUGUUUGGCAUCGUACUUCCUCUUCUUGCAGGGGAACCACUCUUCGCUUUGUACUUGUUAGUUUUGUUUAUUCACAUCUAUCACUUCAUAUGUGUUUACAGUUUGUAUAAAAAAUUUAAACGUGAAGAAACUGUUACUCCAGCUAAUGCACAGAAUUUAAUUAACCCUAUAUAAGGCUCGUCUCUAUCAAUUGAUAUAUUUUUGUUUUAGUAUUGUUUUGUAUAACUUAAUGCCAUGUUUAUAGUUUGACGAAUUUCGUUUUGUAUUGUAGAGUUAUUCUUAAGUUUAUGUAUACUUUGCCAUUCUAUUUAGGUAUUUAAAGCGAGACUAGGAAAUGUGUCCCUUACUUAUGCUAACAGUGAUACAUUAUAAAGUUGUAGAA